AUGGCGGGAAUGUCAGCCGUAAUAAUCGUCAUUUGCGUUUUACCGUCGAUGUUGCUGGUGGCCAAAGAUAUCACCUUACCGGUAAUACGGUUACCGUCAGAAGUUAGCAUUGAAGGGAAGAACGUUUGCGCGGGGACGGUGGCGCCGUCGUCGUCAUGGUGUCCAGUAAAGUGUUUUCGGACGAACCCGGUUUGUGGUGUCGACGGCGUGACGUACUGGUGUGGUUGUGCUGAAGCUGCAUGCGCCGGUGUGAUGGUUCGGAAAAUGGGUUUUUGUGAAGUUGGAAAUGGCGGUUCGGUUCCUGUCUCUGCUCAGGCACUUCUUCUUCUACAUAUUGUGUGGCUUAUUGUUCUUGCAUUUUCUGUCCUUUUUGGUCUGUUUUAA